UCCAGGCCCCACUUAUUCCGCACUCGCACCUCCUUCUCCAGCCGCUGCAGCGCCUUCUCUCCGGCCCGCGUCACUGCUGCCGCCAUGCCGGGAGGUCUCCUUCUCGGGGACGAGGCGCCCAACUUCGAGGCCAAUACUACCGUCGGCCGCAUCCGUUUCCACGACUAUCUGGGAGACUCAUGGGGCAUUCUGUUCUCCCACCCCCGGGACUUCACGCCCGUGUGCACCACGGAGCUUGGCCGAGCUGCAAAGCUGGCCCCGGAAUUUGCCAAGAGGAACGUUAAGCUGAUCGCCCUCUCCAUAGACAGCGUUGAAGACCAUCUUGCAUGGAGCAAGGAUAUCAACGCUUACAACUGCGAGGAGCCCACGGAGAAGUUACCUUUUCCCAUCAUUGACGACAAGAAUCGGGACCUCGCCAUCCUGCUGGGCAUGCUGGACCCAGCCGAGAAGGACGAGAAGGGCAUGCCCGUGACGGCGCGCGUGGUGUUCAUUUUUGGCCCCGACAAGAAGCUGAAGCUGUCUAUCCUCUACCCAGCUACCACGGGCAGGAACUUCGACGAGAUUCUCAGAGUGGUCAUCUCCCUCCAGCUGACAGCGGAGAAGAGGGUCGCCACCCCGGUGGACUGGAAGGUCGGAGACAGCGUGAUGGUCCUUCCAACCAUCCCGGAAGAGGAAGCCAAGAAACUUUUCCCUAAAGGAGUCUUCACCAAAGACCUCCCGUCCGGCAAGAAAUACCUCCGCUACACGCCCCAGCCGUAGGUCUGCCCCGGGAGCUGGUGCUGGGAGCCCAGGGGGUGCCAGCCGCCCACCCUCCAGCCUGUGUCCUGCAGCAGUUCCAUCAAAACGUCCCGCUGUGGUCACAGCCGCGGGCUUUAGGUUGCUGUCCUACUGGCUUAUUAAAUGAAAAUGGCACUAAAAAAAACUCCACGGGAUUCUUUGCCUCGUGCCUUCCUCCGCAUUCUGUUCGGUUCCAUUAUCUCAGCGCUGUCUCCUGGCUCUCUUUGAGAUGUGGUCACUCCUUGAGACUCGGAUGCUGUUGGAUCUGUGCAGGGUUUCUGAUGGACGAGGGAGGACCCGCCCUGGAGUGACCGUCACUUUUUUGAGCUGUUCUUACCAAACCCUGUUUUCCGUUACCCAUUUUGGGGAGUCGCAGAACUUGAGGUUCUUUUUCCUCUGUCAGUCUCUUUAAGUACAUGACUCUAGAAGAUAGAGCAACCAGAGAUUCUUCCGUUUUCAGUGUUUUGAUCACAGCGAAGGGAAAAAAAAACUUCUCAAUUCUAUACUUUUCCGGCAGGUAACUGAUGUGGGGUCAGCAGGGGGAGGGGCCUUUAAAUAUUUUGCUAAGAAAGUUUCUCAGUAAAUUUCUAUCAAAAGAGGGAGGCUUCAGGAAAGGCCCCACUUACCUGCACAGGUGUCGCAGGUGUGGGAACAGAACGACAGUGCCACGUGCCUUUCACAGCUAGUACUUCCGGGGGUCAGUCGCUCCGUCUCGGCGGACACAGAAAGGGGUCGCCUUGGGGAAAGGAGGAGAGGAUGACCGGAAAUGUUUGUUUAUAGAACUGUCCUUGCUAGGGGUAGGGUAGGGUGGUACGUGCUGAGUUUGGCUUUUUGGGGAUCUAGCAAAUAAACCCUUCGUUAAAACUGGA